AUGACUUGCUUGCUGACCCAGCAGUUCUAUGCCGUCAGCACCAAAGUCAAACGUCCAGAGUUCUCCGUGCUGGUGGUCAGUGCCCUCAGCAGACCCCUGGAUCUGGGCACCCUCUACAACGCCCGGAAUGACCGACUCAUACCAGGAAUCAGCCUCUGGAAGACUGAGGACAUGAAGAGCAAAACACAUGUCAGUCCACAGCCCAGCACAAGAUUCCAGGUGACAGGGUCUGAGUCCCUCAGUGACAAGACCAGUCUGUUGGACGUGAGCGCCUCAUUGAAGGUCAGUUUUCUCGGUGGGCUGGUGGAGGUGGGAGGUUCCGCCAAGUACCUCAACAAGAAGACCUCCUCCAGUCGUCAGUGCAGUGUCACCCUGGGUUACCAUGUGACCACCGAGAUUAAAGAGCUCAUGAUAUCAGAACUACAGACUCCAAACCCUGAGUUGUUUGACAUGACAGAUGCCACACAUGUUGUGAGUCAGGUGCUCUAUGGGGCUGAUGCACUCAUGGAAUUCCAAGAAAUGGCCAGCGAUGAUUCAGAAAAGCAAGAAAUCCAGGGAAAGCUACAUGUGAUGAUCAAGAAGAUCCCACUAGUUGAUAUCAGUGGGGAUGGAAGCCUAAACAUGGAUGAUGAAGACAAGAAGAGGGUGCAGAACUUCAGCUGCAAAUUCUUUGGUGACUUUUACCUGAAAGAUAUCCCUUCUACAUACGAGGAGGCUGUGAAGGUGUACAAGCAGCUGCCCAGUCUGCUGGGGGAGAAAGAAGAGAAGGCUGUGCCUGUGAAGGUCUGGUUGUAUCCACUGAGCAAGCUUACUAACACUGAGUCCAAGCUGAAGAGAAUGAUCUCAGAGAGACUGGUGUCAGCAGUGGAGAAGGUGAUGGAUGAUUUCCACCGGGCAGAGAUGAGAACCAACGACCUGCUGAAAAGUAGCAAUGAGAUCAAGGCUAAAGACAUCGUCCACAAACUGGAGAUGUUCCAAAGCAGUCUGAGGGUUUUCACCACUGAGUUCCUACGGAAAAUGGCAGGCCUGAUCCCGGCCAUCAGAGGAGCUGACCUGGAGGAAACGGCCCUGAGAGACCUCCUGAAGUCCAAGGAUGCAUCUGGCUUCAGUGGGAAAGAAAUGGAGCAGUGGCUGGAUGGAAAGGAGACUGAGAUCAACGUUGUCACAAUGAACAUAAAACAACUGAACUGUGAGAUUAAACCUCCAGGCCCUGCGCUUGAAUCUUUCCUCAUGCACCCAGAUGUCAAAGAUGUCUUUGUGUUCAGCUUCACCUCUCUGAGUUACGAGGAGCCCUACCUGAAGACAAUCACAAAGGCAGUCGAGAACUUCAAGAGUGGUUCCACCAGCAGCACUCCUGAACAGGAUCCAACACAGGAAGUUCCCUGGUACAGGAGACCAGAUGUUUAUGAUAACCUGGCCUCCUCACGCAGUGUCUUUGACAGUGCAUCCUUCAAGAACAAACUCACACUGGACCCAAACAGGGCGGACAAACGUCUCCUUCUGUCUGAGGGGAACAGGAAGGUGACAGCGGUGAGGGAGGAGCAGCCGUAUCCGGACCACCCAGACAGAUUUACUCAUUGUCUGGUGCUGAGCAGAGAGCCUCUGACUGAACGCUGCUACUGGGAGUGUGAGUGUGAUGGGGAUUAUGUUGGUAUGGGAGUGGCCUAUCAAAGCAUCAACAGGGAUUCUUACAUCAACGAGAGUGACAAGGCCUGGGCUCUGCUGUUUUCUGAGAAAGGUUACUCUGUAGUCCACAAUAAAUGUUCAGCUGACUUCCCUGCCCCCCCCUCACGCUCCAGUAGAGUGGGAGUGUUUCUGGACCGUGAGGCCGGCACUCUGUCCUUCUACAGCGUCUGCUCUGACACACUCACACUCCUGCACACCUUCAACAUCACAUUCACUGAUGAGCCCCUCUAUGCAGCGUUUUUUGUUGAGUAUGACACCUCUGUGACCUUGUGCUAG